CGCUCUCUCCAUGCUUCUUCUUCUUCACCUCUAACCCGUGCAGUUCUUCCACAGUCUGCUAUAACCGCCGUUGAUCCGCCGCGGAGUUUCCAGUGAAGCGGGUGUAGUGUGGUGUGACUGAUGGCUACUAUAACUGCCUCACACUUUGUUUCUCAUGUCUGUGGGGGUGGGGGUGCCACUUCUGGAGAAUCAAAAGUGGGGUUGGGUCAAUUAGCCCUGAGGAGCCAAGCUGUGACUCACAAUGGGUUGAGAUCUGUGAACAAGAUUGACAUGUUACAAUUGAGGACCAGUGCCAAGAAACCCAGCAAAAAUGGGAGGAAAAAUGAGGGUGGAAUGGCAGCAGGGACUAUUGUGUGUAAACAACAAGGAGGGAUGAACUUGAUCUUUGUGGGAUGUGAGGUGGGUCCCUGGUGCAAAACUGGUGGACUUGGAGAUGUUCUUGGAGGAUUGCCACCAGCCUUGGCUGCACGCGGGCAUAGGGUUAUGACAGUGUGUCCCCGUUAUGACCAGUACAAAGAUGCUUGGGAUACCUGUGUGAUUGUUGAGCUACAAGUUGGAGACAGAAUUGAACCUGUCCGAUUCUUCCAUUCAUACAAACGUGGAGUUGAUCGUGUUUUUGUGGAUCAUCCUAUGUUCCUGGAGAAGGUUUGGGGAAAAACGGAAUCUAAGCUCUAUGGCCCCAUGGCUGGGAAAGAUUACAAGGACAACCAGUUGCGGUUCAGUUUGUUGUGCCAAGCAGCACUUGAGGCACCGAGAGUUUUGAAUCUUAACUCCAGCGAAUACUUCACUGGACCUUAUGGUGAGGAUGUUGUUUUCAUUGCCAAUGAUUGGCACACCGCUCUCCUUCCGUGCUAUCUGAAAAGCAUGUACCAGUCGCAAGGAAUCUACAUGAACGCCAAGGUUGCUUUCUGCAUUCACAACAUCGCCUACCAAGGCAGAUUCGCCUCUUCAGACUUUUCUCUUCUGAAUCUGCCUGACGAGUACAAGGGCUCUUUUGAUUUUAUUGACGGGUAUGAGAAGCCGGUGAAGGGGAGAAAGAUAAACUGGAUGAAAGCUGGAAUACGUGAAGCGGAUAGGGUUGUUACUGUGAGCCCAAACUACGCCAAGGAGCUUGUUUCUAGCGUUUCGAAGGGCGUGGAAUUGGAUACCCAUAUCCGAGACUGUGGCAUCACUGGUAUUUGUAAUGGAAUGGAUACCCAAGAGUGGAACCCUGCAACCGACAAGUACCUUGCUGUUAACUAUGAUAUCACAACUGUUAUGCAAGCGAAGCCGUUGUUGAAGGAAGCUCUUCAAGCGGCAGUUGGUUUGCCGGUCGACAGGAAUGUUCCGUUGAUUGGUUUUAUUGGCAGACUUGAAGAGCAGAAAGGGUCGGACAUUCUUUAUGCUGCGAUUUCUAAGUUCAUUACAAUGGAUGUUCAGAUAGUGAUUCUCGGAACUGGGAAGAAGAAAUUUGAGCAGGAGAUUGAGCAGCUUGAAGUGAUGUAUCCGGACAAAGCUAGAGGAGUGGCAAAGUUCAACGUUCCUUUGGCUCACAUGAUUACUGCGGGUGCUGAUUUUAUGAUGAUCCCGAGCAGAUUCGAACCGUGUGGUCUCAUUCAGUUGCAUGCUAUGCGAUAUGGAACACCGUGCAUCUGUGCCUCAACUGGCGGACUUGUUGACACCGUGAAAGAAGGUUAUACAGGGUUCCACAUGGGGGAUUUCAACGUCAAGUGUGAAACUGUUGACCCAGAGGACGUGCUGAAGGUGAUAACCACUGUCGAAAGAGCACUUGCAGUGUACGGAACCCUUGCAUUCGCCGAAAUGAUCCAGAACUGCAUGUCACAAGAGCUUUCCUGGAAGGGACCUGCCAAGAAUUGGGAAACAAUGCUGUUGAACUUAGGAGUUGCUGGGAGCGAGGCCGGGGUUGAAGGAGAGGAAAUUGCGCCACUUGCAAAGGAAAACGUCGCGACUCCAUGAGAUACCAUAAGCUCGAUUAAGCUGGCAUAUGAAACUAAUAAAGUUUUAUAUAUGUUGAAAGAGCAGAGGCGUUUUGGUGGCUCUUGAGCAUUAUGAGGUGAUGAAAGGAGCCAAUGGAGGGGACUCUUUCUUUAUUGUUUUUUGGUAGUAAAUAGAGAGAGUUGAAACUAACUAGUUUGGUGUUUUAAGAUAUUGGGAACUUUGCACUUGAGCAGGCCAAAUGUAUAAUAAUAUAAAUAAACAAUAAUGGCCUCUUGUGGUUUUGUGCUUUGAUUUC